CAGGAAUUUGUCGUCUAGCGAACUAGCGCUGUGGGUCUCGCAUCCAAUGCCUUUUACCACAUUUUAGACCAGCAUAAAAAUAAUUUAGCGAUCGGGAAGAGAUGCUGCUUCGAUAUAAUCGUGAUCAAAUCGCUGUUCUGUCACUGUUUUGGUUUUGUUACGCAUCUAUCAACUGAGUUUAGUUUAACGCUGGGUAACUGGAGUACAGGCGGUCUCAAAACAAAAUACUUCUCGUUGAAUGGCAAUUCUACAAAAACAUGGCAAGAACUCUAGUCCAGAUUUGGGAAGUCUCAAAGAGAAGCCCGGAGAGACAGCAGGGUUUCAGAAGAAAUGGACCGAGUCAAAUCCGAAUUGGCCAAGACCAUUAGCACGGAUAUGGACGGUGGUGUUGUUAUUGGGCACAUGUCUACUGUACUGUGCCCGCGUUGCCAUGCCGAUCUGUGCAGUCUCCAUGGCUGAACAGUUCAAAUGGUCCAAGAGGGAGUCGGGCAUGGUUCUGGGCAGCUUCUUCUGGGGCUACUGUUUCACUCAGGUCAUGGGAGGUUAUGUCAGCGACAGGGUGGGGGGAGAGAAAGUUCUCCUGUUGUCUGCGGCCGCCUGGGGGGCCAUGACUGCCUUCACACCUGUCCUCGCCCGCUUCUGCUCACAGCCACUCGUUUCCAUGACGCUCUCACGCUUUCUCAUGGGACUGCUGCAAGGAGUACACUACCCCUCUUUGGCCAGUCUGUGCUCUCAGAAGGUGGUGGAAAGUGAGAGAGGGUUUCUCAUGAGUACCGUGGGAAGUGGCUCCUAUCUGGGGACACUGGUGAUUGGAGGGGCAGGCUCUCUCAUGCUGGAUCUGUAUGGAUGGGAGAGUGUGUUCUAUGUGUCUGGACUCCUCUCUGUACUUUGGGCUUACUGCAUGUGGAAAUACCUGCUCAAAGGAGAGGGACCCAUUAUCACACUGGAGUCACUGGGAAGUGGGGGAACCCAGUCCAAACUGUCCAAGAGACACUGGCUGCGUCUCUUCAAACAGCCUGCAGUUUGCGCUGUCAUCAUCACUCACCUCUGCACAGCAAGCACCUUCUUCACACUGUUGUCAUGGCUACCAACAUUCUUCAAGGACACCUUCCCAGAGGCAAAGGGCUGGGUGUUUAAUGUGAUCCCGUGGUUCGUGGCCAUUCCCUCCUCUCUUUUCAGCGGCUGUCUCUCCGAUCACCUCAUUAGUCAAGGGUUUGACACCGCUGGCGUGAGGAAACUCAUGCAGUUCUUCUCUAUGGGUGUGUCCAGUUUGUUUACUCUGCUCCUGUGUGGGACCAGUACCUUCCCUGCAGCUGUGGCCUUUGUGUCUGCCACCAUGGGCCUGACCACAUUCAGUCAUAGUGGUGUGUCAGUGAAUGUUCAGGAUUUGGCUCCAUCCUGUGCCGGUGCUCUGUUUGGUGUGAUGAACACCUGUGGUGCGUUUACAGGGGUCAUCAUGGUUUAUUUCUCGGGGUAUUUGAUCGAGGCCACGGGCUCAUGGGCUUCCGUCUUUGCCCUCAUCUCUGUAGUGAAUCUCUUGGGUCUGGCUAUGUUCCUGGUGUUUGCUGAAGCUCGCAGAGUAGACAUUGAUGGCAUGAAGGCCCGGUACCAUAAUAUCCACAUCUAAGACUGGCCCAGAAAACUGGACCAGAACCCCACGCGUACACAAACUUACACAUACUCCUGGGACACUGUUUAGAGCUACAGGAAUGCCAACUCAACAGACAAGAGGGAGUGUUUGUGUG